UAAGUUGGAAAGGUUUUAGAAUGAGAAGGCUACAUGACAUUUGAAUUUGCAUGAACAAUUCUUUUUUUAUGUUUGUGUUUCAUUUUCCUUUUCCAAAUGCUCUUCUAUUCAGAAUCGUUUAUGUAAGAUGGUAAUCCUUAUUGUACUUCCAUUGAUGUUGCAUUGUCAUCUGUGAUUGAUCUUUAAAUUAAAAACCAAAUUUCAAAUUUUGUUUUGACCUUAAUAUUGUAGUGAAGCUAAUCACUGUUAGUCUGUUAUUAUAAAUAGUGAUGAUUGAAGCAUACAACACAGCAACAUGUGGGCAUGGCCUUAGUUAAGCAAGAAAAACUAAAAAAUGCUGUCAACCACUGCUGCUGCUCAGCUUCCAAGUUGCUGGUACCGCAUUCCCAGUCAUCUUAACGUCCAUCAUCGUGCCCAACAAAAGAGAAAUCUCACCACUCUAUCACUUGCCAAUGCAGAUAGCCAAAGGCCCCUCAGAAACUUCUACAGCCUAAGUCUUCCUCAGACCCACAAUUGCAGCAAAGAGAAAGAAAGUAAUGACAGUGCUAGAUACAAUUCCAACUUAAGUCCAAACCAAAAACACUUGUUAUUUCUAGAGUUCUGCCCUGUCAGUGACACAGAAGACACCAAUAAAUCAAAUCCAAAAACCAGAAACCACAACCAACAUCAAGUAGACGAACAAAGAGAAUUCAAGAAAAACAACAAAGACAAAUUACUUUUCACAAACAUGUGGUGGGUAGAUGUGAAAGCAGCACUUGGCCAAAGAAUCAAUUUGGAGGGCAUUCUAUGUUCAACAAUGGUGAUCUUAAAAGACCAGAAAUUGGCACUGCCUCAUAUUUCUGUUCCUGAUAUAAGGUACAUUGAUUGGGCUGAGCUACGUAGAAAGGGAUUUAAGGGUGUUGUCUUUGACAAGGAUAAUACUAUUACAGCGCCUUACUCUUUGAAGCCCUGGCCUCCACUUGAGUCUUCAUUGGAACGAUGUAAAUUGGAGUUUGGUCCUGAUAUUGCCGUAUUUAGUAACUCUGCUGGACUUCAUGAGUAUGACCAUGAUGGUUCAAAGGCUAGGAUGCUUGAAGGUGCAAUCGGUAUUAAAGUCAUCAGACAUAGGGUGAAGAAGCCAGCUGGUACAGCUGAAGAAAUUGAGAAGCAUUUUGGUUGUGAAGCUUCACAAUUAAUCAUGGUUGGUGAUCGGCCCUUCACUGAUAUUGUUUACGGAAAUCGAAAUGGGUUUUUAACUAUUUUGACCGAGCCAUUGAGUCUUGCUGAUGAGCCAUUUAUUGUUAAGCAGGUGAGGAAGCUAGAAACUUCAUUUGUAGCUUACUGGUCUAGAAGAGGGUUGAAGCCACUUGGUCAGAAGUUAUUGCCAGAUCCAAUGCCAUGUGUCAAAGAACCAUAUCCUUGAUAAGAAUAAUCUCCAAAACACUGCCCUUUUUUAUCUGGUCAUCAGAACACUGCCCUUGAGUAAUGCAUACUAGUCAAUGUUUUUGAAAGAAAAAAUAUUUAGUUUAUCUUUUUUUUCCAAACUGAAAAUUUAUUCC